UUCACCCUACAACCCCAUCUGACAGCAAAAUGGCGGCCCCCGUGCGACACAUCGCGAAGGUUCUAUUCCGUCUUUCGCCUUCAGUUUUUCAGCCUCUGCGACAAAAUGAGUCCUUCUUAUGGAGGCUACCUGGAAGACCAUGUCUGGCCUCUUCCCCGUUCAUAAUUCCACAUCACCUUUUCUGCAAAGCUGCAUCAUCCCAGACUAAGGACUCUGCUCAGGCUUUGGAGGCUCUCUCCCGUUACAAGGAAAAACCCUGGGAUUACCUGGAGAGUGAAGAGUACAUCGAGAGGUAUGGGACCAGCCCGGUAUGGGCGGGCUACAGGAGAAACCACAAAGGAGGCAUUCCCCCACAGAAGACUCGCAAGACUUGCAUUCGAGGAGACAAGAUAUGUGGAAACCCCUGUCCAAUUUGUCGGGAUCCAAAUGUUAUCGUCCAUCAUCAGAACGUGAAACUAUUGCAGCAGUUUAUUAGUCCGCAGACUGGAAUGGUGUACGAUCCCACUCGAACCGGCGUGUGUAUGAAACAGCAAAAGCUCAUCACCAAGGCCGUCAACACAGCACAAGAUCAAGGUUUACUUCCCUUUCAGAUUCCACAUGUGGAGUUUUCAGAAGACUUCUCCAACACCCACGAUGCUGUGGGUAAAACACCACCUCCCCCAUCCUUACGGUCUGGUGACAGCUGGUACAAGUGGUACAGUGAUAUAACACCUGAUGAGACUGAAGUGGCUAAAGUCAAGAAGUUGUACAGGGCCUACUUAAAGAAAUGAAGGUCUUGUGAAUUUCCACCCUGAUUGAUCAACCCACUGGUGUGUACAUAGACAAAAUAAACCACAUGAUUAAAAUGUU